AUGCUCCGAGUUAUUCGGUUUGUGAAGUCAGAAAAAGAUGGUGUAAAAAUUCCAUUAAACAAUGUUAAUGAUCGUUUGUGUGCUAUGUUGGGCGUUUCAUCUCGUUCAAUUGAUAAUCUCAAGAAAGAAUUUAAAGAAGCUGAAGAAGCUCACUCCGAGACACCACAUAAGAAACUCCGAUCACACUCCGAUACGACAACAACUGAUGUAACAAUGACGUCUUCUUCUACGGAGAGUAACACAUCUAUCGGUCGUCCGAAAUUAAAAUUAUCAGAAUUUGGAAAAGACAUGCUUAGAUAUGAGUUUCAUCUUUUGUUGGCUGAGCGACAAUAUCCUACGUUGGAUUUACUAAUGGUCAGAUUAUUAGCUGAUUUUCCUGAUUUCCCGACGAAAAGUAACACAACUUUAUCCAACCAAUUAAAAGAAAUGGGUAUUGUAUAUCGUAAAACAUCGACUAUCAAAAUACCAUUGGAAUCAACAUAUUUCAUGUCACAAACAGCCAAAUAUUUUCGUCAUAUCGAUGAACUGCGCACGGAAAAGGCUCUGAUUUUCUAUCAUGACGAAACCUGGUGUUAUUCCAAUGAAGAAAAAAAAAGUAUUUGGAUUGAGGAGCAGACAGGACAAGGAAGACUCCGCCGCUCGGAAGGAAAAGGUACAGAAAAACAGCUAAACAUAACUUAG